AUGACGUCCCCCGCAAUGAACACUCAACAAAGGAGUCCAUAUGCCUUAGCCCUAAUGCAGUUUUCUGCAGGAGGUUGUGCAGGUUUUGUGGAAGUUUCAAUCAUGCAUCCUCUGGAUUUGGUAAAAACAAGAUUCCAGAUUCAACGUGGUCCUGAAGACCCAAACAGAUACACCUCUCUGCUGGACUGUUUCCGUAAGAUGUAUAGACAAGAGGGGGCCUUUUCCUUCUACAAAGGUAUUUUACCUCCACUGAUGGCAGAGACACCAAAAAGAGCUGUUAAAUUCUUCACCUUUGAACAAUACAAAACCAUAUUUGCUUAUGGAUCUUACCUCCCAGAAUCUGUUAUAUUCACACUUUCAGGACUAUGCUCUGGCUUAACAGAAGCAUUUGUCAUCAAUCCCUUUGAAGUUGUAAAAGUGAAAUUACAAGCAGAGCGCAGCUUAUUCACAGAGCAAAAGGGUACCAUUGCUACUGCCAAGGAGAUCCUUGCUCAAGACGGCUUUGGUAAAAGAGGAUUAAACAAGGGUCUGACCUCAACACUAGGUAGGCAUGGCGUCUUCAACAUGAUCUACUUCAGCUUCUACCAUAAUGUCAAGGGCAUGGUUCCUGAGUAUGAGGAUAAGAAACUUGACCUGAUGCGAAGAUUUGUCAUCGGUUUGUGUUCUGGGGUCCUAGCAUCUUGUGUAAACAUUCCUUUUGAUGUGGCUAAGAGCAGAAUCCAAGGACCUCAGCCUGUUCCAGGCCAAAUCAAGUACCGCACCUGCUUUGCCACGAUUAGAACUGUAUAUGUAGAAGAAGGAUUCUUGGCUCUUUAUAAAGGAUUACUACCAAAGAUAUUGAGACUUGGCCCAGGAGGGGCUAUAAUGCUGUUGGUCUAUGAAUAUGCAUUUGCUUGGAUGAAGGAGAAUCUAUGA